GACGGUGUUGAGGUCCUCGUGCACUCGGUCCAGCAGCCACAGCAGAAACUCUUGGGCGUCGUGCUGAGCGUUCCCUUUAAACUGCGUGGCGUUCUUGGACACCGCGUUCUGCAGAAAAAUGUUUGUGGCAAGUGAUGACGAGGAAGACGUGGAUUCAUCUCCUCCUAUCGUUCGGGCGGAAAAACUACAUCACAAGAAAAACAUCCAAAUCUUCAGUGGCAAGUUGAUCACACGCCCGAGCCGAGUCGUGGUGCCGCGAAGAGCAACUCUGAGACGCGGUGACAAAACAUCUGAAAGCGGACAACUGCCCGGAGGAGACACACAGUGUGGCGCCAUGACGACGCUGCUGGACCUGAAGAGUAGCGUCUUGCGGCAGGUACAAAGGAGCCAGUCGUUGAGGAGCCGCAGGGAGUCGCCGCCCGCUGUCGGCAGCCCCCUCUCCCACUGCCCGGAACCCUUAACCCGAAGGUUCUCCGAGGAGAGCUCGGAGUUCUUUGAGCGUAUGAAUACCAUUCUGCAGAAACAGGAGAACAUGCUGCAGGCCGGCCAGGCCGAGUGCCAAAGAGGAGCCUGUACCGUGCCACCACCACAAGAACAUGUGGACCAGGCCUUUAUCCAGGACCGAAUCAGCAGGACGGAGCUGGACUUGCUGUACGAGGAAGCCGUGUACACGGUGGUCAACCGAGUGGGCGUGCCUUCAUCGGAACACGUGACGAGUGACGAAGAACUUUUUGCCUACCUGCUGAAGGUUUUUGAUAUGGGAGAGGAGGAGCAUGACAUCAUACUCCAGAAAGUGCAAGAAUCCAAGAGAGCUACAUUCUCCUUGAGAGCUUCUGUCUUGAAAGCCAAAAACCUGCUGGCUAAGGACGCCAAUGGCUACAGCGACCCUUACUGCAUGUUGGGCAUCCUGGAGGGUCAAAGCCCGCGGGAGCCCGAGGACAAGAAGGAGAGGAAGUUCAGCUUCAGAAAGAGGAAGGAGAAACUGGAGAAACGCUCCAGCACCAAGGAGGCGCUGCCCGCCAGGUGCAUCCAGGUCACCGAGGUCAAGCCGGAGACCCUCAAUCCGGUCUGGGAUGAGCAUUUUGUCUUUGAAAUUGAUGACGUCCACAAUGACUUGCUACAUUUGGACAUUUGGGAUCACGAUGACGACGUCUCGGUGGCCGAGGCCUGCAAAAAACUCAAUGAAGUCAGCGGACUUCGAGGAAUGGGAAGGUAUUUUAAGCAGAUUGCGAAAUCGGUGCGCGCCAACGGAUCGUCGUCAUCCGGCUCCGAGGAGAACGUAGACGACUUCUUGGGAUGCCUCAACAUCUCUUUAAGCGAGAUUCCCGUCGGCGGCUUCGACACUUGGUUCAAGCUGGAGCCCCGAUCGAGCGCCUCCAAAGUGCAGGGCGAAUGUCACCUGAUACUGCAGCUCUUCACCAGCCAGAGAGACACGACGCUGUCGAAGAAAGAAUCCAACGUGUCCGUCCACAAGAAACUGCUGAGUCAAAUUGUUGAAUAUGAGCACGCUCACGUCAAGCGUGAGCCCUACAACUGGAACGGGCAGGUUAGCCCACCGGCGUGGACGUUUUUGACUCACCACGCCGUGCAAACGGACCUCACCCGUCUCCAACAGGCUAUUAUUCGCUGGCACUGCUACAGCGGCCACCAUCGAACUCAACGGGUGUGCUACUCCCUGCUGCUGCGCCUCCUGAGGGCUAUCGAUGCAGAGUGGGACCCUCCCUCUGUGAGAGGAGACCUGGAGAGGCAGCUGUCAGACAGCUUCCGGUUGUACACAGAACACUGCCUGUGCUUGAUGAAGAACAUGCGGCAGGUUUUCCCCUGCACCAGCGUCGCCGCCAUUACGCGCUACGAGCUCAUGCUGAGGGGAAUCGGUUACAUGCAGAACAUGCGGGCAUUCAAGACCGUUUGCCCUCUACGGAACGAGCUGGACUUGGACAUCACAUCCGCCGUGAAGAAAGGAACCUCGGAGUGGUAUGAGAGUCUAAUUGCCCAGUACAAGCCGGAGGAUGGGUCGCUUGAGGAGCAUCUGAAAAAAAUGGUUGCGGUGGUGGAUGCCGUCUGCGCAGAUGUUCAGAGAGCUCAGAAUAUCUACAACAAACUCUUCUACAGUGCGGUCAAAGUGGAUUUCUUCAGCGUGUCCUACAGGCAGCUGGAGAAGUUGGUGGCUGAUGAUGUCAACGUAGCCAUGGAGAGGCUUUGCGGCACUCUGGAGCAAGAAAGUUCCAGACUGACGCAGACAACGGGCGAGACCGUCUUUGAACUUUUCGUGUCCCUGAAGAUUCUCAAAGGCUUCCGGGAGUUUCUUCCUCUCAAGGAUGCAAAGAUGUUAGCCUUGACGGGAUUCCACGACUGGUUCAAGUCGUCCAUUCACAAGUUCCUGCAGAUCGUUCACGACAGGUCGUGCGACAGGAUCUGCAAAGCGGUGGAGACGGAUAAGAUGGAAGCGGUGCAGCAGGACAAGCACAGCUCCUCUGCGCUGGAAGUCACAUCUUGCUUCCGACAUGUCCGAGACAUCUGGCUCCAGCUGGCCUGGCCGGACUCCGCUGGCGCCUUCAUUUUUGUCACCCGCUUGACCGACAACUUUUGCAACGAGGCCGUGUGUUACUCGGAGAUGCUCACGCGCAAGAUUGAGAGGAGCCAGCUGGGCCGGGACCACAAGAGCUUCAUAGUUCAGCUGUGUGUGGCCCUCAAUGAUGUUGAACACGUACGCGUCUUCCUGGGUCACCUGCCCCGCGACCUGGGCUGGCAAGGCGUGGAGCGCGCCAUGGAGGAGUCGUGCGGCGCCGAGGGCAAGGAGCAGGUGUUCAAGGCCCUCAACGGGCAGCUUUUCAACGUGGACCUGGACCUGCAAAGGGAAGCCAAACGCCUCAUCGCGCUACUCACGGACAAGAUGGUGCCGGAGCUUCGGCGCUACAUCCAACACAUCAGCUUGUCCCCCGAUUCCAUCAACAACGACGACGCCGUGGACCCCCUCAUGAAGUACCUGCAGGAGACGGUGGUCAUCCUCACCGAUGCGCUGGUGAAGGACAACCUCACUCGGGUUCUGCAGAGCUUGUGGGAGCUGCUGUUGCGCAUGAUCCUGGAUUCAGUCGCGGAGAACCGAGGCGUUCAAGUGGAGUUCUACAACCGCUUCCAGUACACUGUCGAGACCUUAUUGGAAUUCCUCCAGGGAAACGGUCUGUCCCUUGAGGAUAUGAAGAGUGGAGACUACAAGGCCCUGGAGGAGGAGCUGAAGUUGAACAAGUGUUCUUCUUUCGAGUUGAUUGAACAGUAUUACCUGGAAAAGAUCUCCCUGCAGAAAACCCUCAAACACACACGCUUCGGUCGGAUCAGCGUCAAGUGCUACUACGACGCUCCCGAGCAGAGGUUGACCGUGGAGAUCCUGCACGCCGCUGACAUCAUGGCGUUGGAUGCGAAUGGUCUGAGCGACCCCUUUGUCAUCGUGGAGCUCUGCCCCCACCACCUCUUCCCUCUGGCCAAGAGCCAGCGCACGCAGGUGAAGCUGAAGACGCUGCACCCCGUGUUCGACGAGCUCUUCUACUUCCACGUGAGUCCCGAGCAGUACAGGCACCGAUUCGCCUGCUUGACCUUCACCGUGAUGGACUACGAUUGGCUGUCCACUAACGACUUCGCCGGCGAGGCGGUGGCCCCGCUCAGCGAUUUCUGCUGGCCAGGGAGGCCCAACGCCACGGCGGCCGGGAAGAGCGUGCAACCCUUCAUCCUCCACCUGUCUCGCAGCAAGCCCAGCGAGAAGCCGAUCAUGCGGAUGCUGGACGCUCGGGCGGGCGACAGGGAGGCUCAGGAGUUUGUCCGCAGGCUGAAGGAGAUUGAGAAGUCCAUGGAGGAGGAGUAAAAAAAAAAAAAAAAUCCCUGCGCCAACUCGUAUCGAUGUUCUCUGACCAAGUGUCGCCACCUGUGCUCUUGUACCGGUACCAUGUUUACAAUUUUUGGGUUGUCGUUUGUUUUUUUACAAUAUUAUCGUUCGUUUAGUAUCUAUACCAAAAUGAGAAAUUACGAGAGAGUCACUGUGCAAACCGAUUCUGUCUCAGUUCAACUCCAUUUUAGGAAAAAAAAAAAAAGUAUCUGUGACUAUUUUUUGUAACGUUCUCUGUCGUAUAUUUGAUAUUGAAUUCCAAACUAUUUUGUGGAAGUAGCACUCAGUCAAAGUCUGAAUCUUUACCUCACGUGUGUUUGUGGCAGUUUUGGAGGGUGUCCGAUGGUAAGCGGAAGGAAGCUCAGGGUACAAAACUUGGGAGGGUUGAACGUUCUUCAACUUUGAGUCGUAUUUGUUCACUGUAUUGUAUUAAUUAGUAUACUACACUUAAAAUAGUGGAUGUCAACUGCUAACUAGUGACUGCUAACUGUUAUGAGAAUUUAGUAAGAUUUUGUCCAAAAAGUAAUUUAUUUAUUUAAUUUUUUGCAAAUGAUGAUUUCUUUUAGAAAAUUAAUUGUGCUUUGUAUUCUUCAUUUGGUUAAUAUGCCAAAAUCUAAAUCGCUUAGAAAUGUUUUUUGUAACAAAUUGUCGUGGGCACUGACCAACCAAAUUUGCACAUGGAAGAUUUAAAUAUAAAAUGGUCAAAUAAAAAUAUACAAAAUAAAUAAAACGCAUUACUGAUUAUACAGAACACACAAUAGUACUAAAAAAAAUACCAAUAUUAAAAUCCUUCGAUGGGGGGGAAUAUCAUUUUACAGUAAGACGGUGAUGAACUUUUUAUUCAAUGUCCGACUAAAAUCAUUCCAGCAUUUCUAUCGGUUGAUCACAAACAAAUUGUUGCAUCAAUAUUAGCGAGAAUACAACUUGAAGCACGUUUGUAUGUGAAUAGAUAGCAGCCAAAAACAAACAAAACAUCGAAGCAUUUCUUUAAAAGCAUUUACAAGGACAUCUCACUUACAAGAUGAUGAUGAGGGAGGAAAAAGUGUAGCAGGUCAACAAAACAAAAAUUGCACUGACAGCAUUUUUUGAUGGUGUUGUAAACUCUUAGCGUAAACUUUUGUGCAGUGUUGUGUGUUUUUUUGAGUGAAGUUGCUAUGGAAGAGGAGACGAACUUCCAUUUUGGUUGAACACAACACAAAUUGAGGGCACGUUUUAUUUGGAAACUGUUGGUACAAGAAAUAACGUCAAGUCUGGUGGGUUCGAAGGCGUCUUGUGGGUAACGCACCUUGUUAUACUUGCAGUGAAUUAUUCGUCCUUAAUCGUGUAAAAAAAAAAAAAGCUUGUGUUGCUAUUUAUUAGAUGAUCAAACUAUUGGAGAUCUGUCAAUGGACUUGAAAUAAAAUGGUGUUUACAUUUCAA